AGGUGUAGCCCAAAGGUUUGUACAGACUGGCCUCUGAGGGACAAGGACUCACUGAUUCAAAAUGAGUAUAUUGGGUACCCUGGAUCAAGGUGAACUUGCUGAUCUGAGAAUUGAAAUUGAAAAUGAUGCUAGACCCAAUGCAUCAGGUUCUGAAUCUGAGAAUGAGGCCAUCAUGGAAACUGGGGAUUCUGAUACAUCCGAGUCAUAUUCAGAAGGUCGAAAAGCAAAAGAGAGGUCAAGGAAAGCAGAUGUUGAGAAGAAAUCAGAUUCUACUAGAAGAGAACUAGAAGAAGGAGAAGAUGAUGGUGAUAAUGAAGAAGUUCAAGUGCCUGUUGAGAUCAAUGUCUUUCUUGGAGAUGUGCAAGAUAAGGGGGAAAGAAAGAAAUAUGAGAACAAAGCAGGGGCCUUCUGUGUUGGGGAAGGUGUUGACCUCUUUGAUGAAGAGAAAUUGAAGGAGCGUGCUAAAAGAUUUGGGGUGGAUGAGUCAGAAGUCAAGCACUUUACUCCAGACCAUAUCUCCAGGUUAUAUGACAGAUCAUCUCAUGAUUCCAACCUUCCAUGGGUAGGUAAUGUAAUCUGGUUGGACAAAAUCAGUGCAGCCAGAGCACUUCUGGGAAAAAGCAGAGGUGUGGUGCAUUGGACAGUUGAGCAAGUUAAGGAGUCGAUCUCAAAGGAUGGGGAAGCAGUCAUGGUUGUGGACAUGAAGGAGUUGUUAGAGGAUGGAGACAUAUGUAUGGAAGACAUGGAUGCUGAUAAAAAGGGGAAAGAAAGGAAUGAGAAGGAGGAAGAGGAAGAGGAAGGAGAAUUGAAGGAAGAUGAUGAUGAUAAGUCAUCACACUUAAAGGAUACCAGUUCAAUGGACUUAGAGGGGGAAGAUUAUGGUUUUCCAAAAAUAUUGGCCAGUGAUGUGACUGCUCCAGUUCCCCCAGGACAUUGGCAUCUUGGUGAAUCAUGUCGCCAAGCAAAGGCAAUACUUAUUCGCUUUGCCAACAGUGAUGACAAGAAGGCACGUGGUGCUGAACGUCACAGCCAGUAUUACAUGAAAUACGGCAAUCCAAAUUAUGGAGGCAUGAAGGGGAAGAUCAGCUUCUCUCGCAAGAGACGCAUGAUCCGAGAGGAACAGAGGAAAGAAUUGGAGAAGGCCAUAGGGUAUCCAAUGGAGCCUAUAUUUACUGGUUCAGUUCAACCUCCAGUCCGUGGGGAUCCUUGGGGUGGACUAGCCAAGAUCUGGUACCAUGACUGGGACAACCCUGACCUUGCUGGAGUCCCUCCUCCAGCUCCACCCCCAUCUCAUCGCUCAGACAAUGAGAGUGGAAGUGAGAGUGGGAAAGAUGAGGAUGUUGUGCAGUGGGAGACAAAGAGUAAGAGGCCCCGGAUGAGGAUGUAUGCUGAUGAUGAGCAGGAGAAGCAGGUUCAACGCAGAAACCUAGGAAGGAGGCAUGGAGUUGAGGUUGAUGUAUGGCCAGAAAGACCCAGAAUCCACCAACCAGCAGAAUCAUUCUUCAACCAGGUUCCAUCAUUGGAGAUCCAUGCCCAAUUGAAUCGUUCUCUAGAUGAGCCCAUCCAUCGGAAAAGACCUCAUCCCAAAGAGAGACUUGGGAACAAGCACAGGGCAAUGCGAACCCACCAUGUAGAAUCGGGCAAAGGCACGGACUCUUCCAUUUCUUCUCUAUCUUUGGAAUCCUCACCCUCAAAUGAUUCAGCAAGUGACUCAGAAUCAGACAUUCCCCAACGACGAUACAGAAGAAGCAGAGGAAGAGGUAGGGGGAGACUUUCGUCCCCUCUGCACCGCCGUCUUGGCCAGCAGAAAUCUCAGCACCGAGAACCCUUCCGAAAAUCUUCAGAGCAACAUAGACAUGAAGCAGAAAGUGAUUCUGACAGUGAAGUCAUUGCCCGGGAACCUCAGCCAGGGGUACCUGACCUGAGGGCAAAACUCAACAGCAGACGGCAACAGGGAGACCAGACUCGGGCUCCUGUUGCAAAUGAAGACAGAGAAAAUGCAAGAGAUGUAGAUCUCAAUGCUGGCAGCAUGUCCCCAUUGGAGAUUGAGAUUGACAAUGAUGAAUAUUACAAAAUCAUUCAAGAUGACGACAACUGAGAUUGUUGAACAUUUUUUGUUUUGAUUGAAAAUGGGGAAAUGUGGUGGGGCAUCCAGUGGGCAUUUAUUGACCACCUGCAAUUAUUUUGAAAAAAUACAUUUCCAAUUAUACAG